GAGGAAGCAGCUGGCUGGUGACGAUGAUGAUGUCAUCGCUGACGUCAUCAGACUUCCUGACUCUGUAGAAACUAAUCAUCCUCCAUCUAACAUCACUGAUGAAUUGAAGAAGAAGAGUGAGAAACACGAUGAAGCUCUGAAGCAGCUGGAGACACACCUGACUCACCUGUCCCAGGUCGUGUCGAUGAGAUCAGGGUUCUUCUCAGGAAACACCUCCUCCUGCUGGAGGAGAUCAGCUUCCUGCCUCCACCUGACCUCCAGAGACUGAUCCACACCGAGACCCAGGUGUUGAACCAGUCUCUGCUGGCGAACCGUCGCAGCGUGGCCCUCCUGCUGCUGCACCUGCAGGAGGAGAUCCUGCAGCAGGAGACCUUCCUCCUCCUGCAGUGGGAGCAGAGUCUGAACCUGUGGAGGAGCAGCAGGAUCCAUGAGACUGUAGACCAGAUAAGGGCCCUCUGCAGCAGUGAUGAGGACCUGCAGCUGGUCUCAGAUCAGCAGAACCAGAUCCAGCUCGCUCUGACAGAAGAACGUUGUGACAUCAUCAGGAAGAUCUGCUCUUUGGUCCCGCCCACCUGUUCGUCUGCAGUGGUUUCUGAUUGGUUCAGUGAGCUGACAUCCAUCAACCAGCAGAUUGACCGUCUUCAUGAGGACCUCCUCCAUCAGCUGACAGGUGUUCACCUGCAGAGGUGUCAGAACCAGCAGGCUGCAGUGGAGCGCUGUCAGGUGGCGCUCUCAGCUCUCCAGGUGUCAGACCAACAGGUGGAUGACAUCAUCUCCUCUCAGGUUCUCCCUCUGAUUGGUCAAAAGCAGAGUCAGGAUGAAGAGCAAGUGGCUGCUUUAGAUCAGGUGUGCCGUCACUCUGUGUCUCGUCAUGCUGUCAGCAUCAGCAGGUGUGUCUUUGCUGUGAUGCAAGCAGCAGCGAUGAUAUGGGAGACACACUGCUGCAGGUGGAAGAGGAGAGAAGAAGAGCUGCAGCAACACCUGGAUGACAUCAGACAGACACAACAGCAACACAUACAG